AUAUCAUUAGAAUGUGUUUGCAGCUGAUAUAGAUAAUAAUAACAUUAACCUACAAUUUUGAUAGUUCUUUAAUUAUUUGAAACAUUUAAAUAUUACUAAUAGAAACCGUGCAUCUUCCUCCCAUUAUUUAAUAAUGGAUAACAACCGUUACUACCUGGAUGAUUUAUUUCUGUCAUGUAUGUGUAAAAGGUACCUAGUUCUGCCUGGGACGAAAAUACUGAUGUUAGUAGGCAAAGAAUUAUUUUCUCGAAUAAGGCGGAGAAUCGAUGAUGAUGAUAUUCCGAGAAUAUGUAGAUUUCUGGCUGAUCAUCCCAAAGUUGUAGCUGCCAACCUGGCAUACAACCGAAUAACUGACAAUGGAAUGCCACAUCUGAUAAGUUUUCUGGAGACAAAUCGAUCUUUACUGGAACUAAAUUUAAUGUGCAAUAAUAUUGGAGAGGAUGGUGUUAUAAGAUUGGCAGAACUAAAAAACUCAACAAUUCUAAAAUCUCUUCGUCUGAAUGGGAACAAAAUUGGAUGUAAGGUUAACAAGACACUUACGGAACUUCAUCUACAAAAAAUCGGUUUUGAUGGUCAUGACAUGGAAAUUUUAGUUGAAGGUUUGAAAAAGAACUCGACUCUUCUGUCACUUGAUCUUUCUUGCAACAACAUUGGGGACUUAGGCAUGGAAUUUAUAGCUGAUUUCUUGGGUGGAAAGCCUCCUCUGGCAACACUAAGAUUGAGUAGCAACAAUAUCGGAGAUACAGGAGCCAGAACUUUGAGUUUCAAAUUUCCAUAUUCAAAAAUUAUAUACUUGGAUAUAUCGAAAAACAGAAUAACUGAGACAGGUGUGCUGGACAUCCUAAACUGCUUGAAGAAGGAACACCUGGUUAAAGGUUUAUUAAUGAGGGGAAACCAAAUUGGUGAAAAAGCUGCAAAAGUGAUAUUCCGAAUGUUACGGUCAGGAGUCCUGAAUGACAAAACACUGGAUAUCCAUGUCUUCUGCUCCAAGGAAAAGUACCAGUUCAGCACCACAGAGGCAGUAGAUCACAUUAUGCCCCACUAUUACUGCCUCUGUGCUGGAGCAGAGUGUUCCUACUGUCGCCCAAGCACUGUUAUGGAGAUCAGGAACAAAUAAAAGCAAAACUGUUAUCCCGGAAAUAUAAAUUUGAAAUACAAAUUUUGUAAUAUA